AUGGAAGACCAAGAAACUCUAAGAAACAAUCUCCUUGACUCCUUGGAUCAAAUAAUUGAGCAGAGUCAAUCAAGUUUUGGGUGGAAGCAGUUCUUGCAAGCCAUCCUUGUCUCUUUGGCUUCACUUUUUGAUGGCCAACAAACAUUCAUCAGUGUCUAUACAGAUGCUGUGCCUUCAUGGCACUGCUCCACUGCCACCACAUCAUCAUCAUCAUCAUCAUGCACCACAAGCUCCAGCAUCUGUGAUCUUCCCAGCUCUGAUUGGUCCUGGGAUGCAAUUUCCUCCCAUACAAUCAUAUCUGAUUGGGACCUGCAAUGUUCAAGCUCUUUCAUCAGAGGCAUCCCUGCCUCAUCUUAUUUCUUGGGUGGUGUGGUUGGUGGGUUCCUUCUAGGCACUCUAGCUGACUCUUCACUUGGCCGCAAGAAGCUGCUCUUGAUCUCAAGCAUCACAAUGUCUUUAGCUUCUUUUCUUACCAUCUUCUCCCCAAACAUUUGGGUUUACUCUGCAGUGAGAUUUGUUAGCGGGUUCGGCCGCUCGUCAAUCAGUACAUGUGUUCUUGUGUUGUUGAUGGAAAAAGUUGGAAGAAAAUGGAGGCCUAGAUUAGGAAUUAUGCAGUUCUUUUUUUUCACUCUGGGGUUUUUGUCAUUGCCAUUGAUUGCUUAUGUUAACAGAGAUAACUCAUGGAGAGCUCUGUAUUUGUGCACUUCAAUUCCUGCAAUUCUUUACUGCAUAUUGCUUCAAUUCUUUGUAACUGAGUCUCCAAGAUGGCUUUAUAUGCAUGGUUUUGUGGAAGAAGCUAUAGCAAUACUGGAAAAAUCUUCAGCACCAAACUACCCAAGUGAGUUGAAAUUGUUGUUGGUCUCAACAGGCAUGCCAUCUGAGGGGGUGGAGGAAACUUCAAAGACUAACAAUCACCCAUACAAGUCAAUGAAGGACUUGUUUGCCAAAAGAUGGGCUAUGAAGAGAACACUAACAGUUAUGGUACUUGGUUUUGGCAUUGGAAUGGUUUAUUAUGGCAUGCCAUUAGGAGUUGGAAAUUUGGGCUUCAAUAUUUAUCUAAUUGUCAUGUUCAAUGCUUUGCUAGAAAUACCUUCAUAUCCAAUCACUUGCAUCAUUUUAGAAAGAUGGAGCAGGAAAUAUUCAGUGCUUGCAUUUUGCUUGGUAAGUGGGAUAUGUGGCAUUUUGUGUGCAAUUGUUGGAAAUGGGCAAAAGGGUAUUAGAAUUGGGCUGGAAUUGGCUUCUUUCUUCUGUUCAAGAACAGCAUGGAAUUUGAUCUCCAUGUUUACAGUUGAGUUGUUUCCAACUUGUGUGAGAAAUUCUGCUACAUCUCUGCUGAGGCAAUCUUAUGUGCUGAGUGCUGUGUUCAGUUCAAUACUGGUUUCUGUAGGGAGCAACAAUGGGUUUCUUUCUUAUGGAGUUUUUGGGUUGGCUAUAUUUUUUUCUGGGUUUUUUGUGGCUUGUUUGCCAGACACGAGGGGAGGAACGCUUUGUGACACCAUGGAAGAACAAGAAGGCAAAGAGAAGAUGAUUUUGGGAUGA